CGAUUGGGGCCCACCCUUGGACUCAAUCAGGCCCCACUCGGCGUCCGUUUUCUUUCCGAAGGUGCUCGGAGCUUACGGAUGUGGCAGAACACCGCAUCCCGCGUGCUUGUUUCAGCGGCAUCAAUCGUUGCUAUAUAAUCUGAUAUUCGGAUCUAGGCUAAAGGCUAUCAAUUGAUCAAAUCAAUUUCGUACCGACUCACUCGGUCAUACAAUGGCUUUCGGAAUUCCUUCAAUCAUGACAACCUUUGCUCCCUACCACAUCAUCUCUUACGGGACACUGCUCGGCACGUCACUGUUUCAGACGUUUAUCAACACCAAGAUCUGCUAUCUCGAACUUCCCAAGUCAGCCUUCACGACAUUACAGAAGCGCCUGUUUCCGAUAUACUUCCGAUGCCAGGCACUUCUCCUUGUCUUGACAGUCCUCACUUUCCCCCCUCAUGGCCCGACAUCCUUGUUCAAGGCGAAGAGCAACUGGAUCCCGCUCAUGGUUGCGGGGGUAACAUCCAUGGCGAACCUGCUCAUCUACGGACCGAGGUCUAGACAGGCGAUGAUUGAUCGCACGCAUCAAGAAACACGCGAUGCCAAACGUCCUGGGAACGUCGGUGAACCGAGUCCAGACAUGCUUGCUGUAAGAAGACGGUUUUCAAGGAAUCACGCAAUGAGCAUUCACCUCAACCUCGUCGCGGUCAUUGCGAUGUUGUGGUACGGUUUCAGCCUAGCAUCUCGCAUCCACAUUGAAGUAGAUUCAUAAACGCGGCUUUGUGGGUACUACUGCUAGUUUUAAGCUUGAUCUACUUCCCUGUACCUCGCCAUCUCAGCAUGCACGUAUGCGCCUUAGGUAGACUCAACGCGUAGCCACAAAUCAACGGUCUCUCAACUCCUUUGAAAUGUUCCUAGUAGCUGGAUGAUUUGAUCGUUCGGCGCGCAGAUCUGGGG